AUGAGUUCUGUGUACGCGAAACGUUUAGAAGCGGUCUUCUUGUGUACCCAUCCAAAGGGACCACUUAUGUCCUAUACAACCGCUGCUAAAUACAUCAAAAAGUCGAAAUGGUUCGUGAAGAAGUGGGUUGAGCAGCUCUUCACCGAGAACUUGAAUGCUCCGAAAAUCCUCCAAAUAUAUGAACGUGGUCUUCUAAGGUCUGCUACAAAGAUGUUUGGAGCCGAUACGGCCGAUUGUAUCUUGCAAGAAGAUAACGACCCGAAACAUCGAAGCCGUCUUUGCACCGCCUGGAAAACAGAAAAGGGCAUCACAACGUUGGACGAAAAUGUCUGGAAUGUCUUAAAGAGGAAGCUUGCGGGAAAACCUCGUCUGAUUCCUGAAUUUAUGAAAUUAAACCCUUUGUCACCCAAUGGACGUAUAGUUGGUGGUCAAGCAACAGCAAUAGAAAAAGUACCCCAUCAAGUUCAGUUGCAAGUUUUGGGUUUUGGAUACUGUGGAGGCAGCAUACUUUCUGACAAUUAUAUACUGACAGCUGGGCAUUGUGCUGGUUAUCCCACAAAGUGGAUCUCUGUUCGUGCUGGUACAACUCAAUACGCAAAAGGAGGAGUUGUCCAUCGAGUAAAUAAAGUAAUUUUGCACGAAAAAUUUUCAACAAGCAUCUUUGGGGUCCCCAUAAACGAUGUUGCCUUAUUGCAUCUCAAAACACCUUUGAAACUAGAUGAAACGAAACAACCUAUUGAACUUUUCAAACAUGGUGAAGAAGUUUUGGAAGGUUCAAGUUCUACUAUCACUGGAUGGGGUGCUCUUAAGGAAGGAGGUAGCACUUCUGAUAUUUUGCAGACUGUAAACGUUCCUAUUGUAUCAAGAGAAAAAUGCAGUUUAUCUUACGUAGCUUAUGGAGGCAUUCCUGAAGGUCAAAUUUGUGCUGCUCAUCCUGAUGGAGGAAAAGAUGCAUGCCAAGGAGAUUCAGGUGGUCCUUUAACCAUCGAAGGACGAUUGGCUGGAAUUGUAUCCUGGGGUAAUGGAUGUGCUCGGCGUGGAUUUCCGGGGGCGUAUACUGAAAUUUCUUCUUACAGAAAUUGGAUAAAUAUGAAUGCAGGGCUCUAG